AUGGAUCCCAUACAAAAUGGUAAUCACUGGGUUGGUGUCUGCGCCAACAUUAUUGAGAAAAGGGUAGAAGUGUUGGAUAGUGGUCGGGCAAAAAAUAGACAACACGUGGAGAAGUAUGCUGCUCUGAUUCCUAGGAUAGUGAAGGCCGCUGCGCCACCUGAAAGACAGAAGCAGCUACUCCUAGCAUCUUAUUCUAUCGUGGAUGUUCCUAUGAAGACGAGAUUGAACAAGUCUUGUUGUGAUUGCGGUGCAUACGCACUCAAGCACUUGGAAUGCCAUUUUCUUGGUAUCGACCUCAGUUUAGUUGAUGAUGAAAUAAUCAUGGGUUGCAGACAGAAGAUUGGUGUGGAUUUAUGGGAGGCUGCACACGAUCCCAUUUAUGCUGAGGCAAUAACACGAUAUGUGCCUUCACCAUGGGAGAGAGAAGAGUCCUUUGAACUCGAAGAUUGA